AAUAACCAAACAGAAAGGCUUACUUGAAUGCAUAUGUAUUUGGUCAUUUUUUGAACUAAAACGACGUCGUUCGAGGUUGACGAAGGAAGCGUGAGGUUUUGUAGCAGAACACGAUAACAGAAAACCCCGAAUCGUGAAGAACGAUGGCGAGAACUAGUGUUUUCCGAUUGGGAAGACGGUUACAAUCAAAACUCUUCAAUUCUCUCAAACCAGAAACCAAUAAUAAUAAUAACCUAAUCACUAUUCGUCCACGCUACCUCGCCGCAACGCCGUCGUUUCAACAUCGCAACCGCCACAACAAUGCUUUCUCUUCCUCUUCCUCCACCUCUCCAUUUCCAUCUCCGUUUUCCACCACCGGACAAAAGAGGAGUAUGUUUAUUCAAACGCAGUCCACUCCAAAUCCAGAAUCUCUCAUGUUUCAUCCCGGUAAGCCUGUUAUGGAUAUCGGAAGCGCAGAUUUCCCUAACGCUCGUUCCGCCUUGAAUUCUCCUCUCGCCAAAUCACUCUUCGCUAUUGACGGAAUUACUCGUGUUUUCUUUGGAUCUGAUUUUGUUACCGUUACCAAAUCCGAAGAUGCUUCCUGGGAAUUUCUUAAGCCGGAAAUCUUUGCUUCUAUUAUGGAUUUCUACUCUUCCGGUGAACCUCUCUUUCUAGAUUCUCAAGCUGCUGCAUCCAAAGACACCGCAAUUCACGAUGAUGAUUCUGAAACAGUUGCGAUGAUCAAGGAACUCUUAGAGACUCGUAUUCGACCAGCUGUACAAGAUGAUGGUGGGGACAUUGUAUAUUGUGGUUUUGACCCAGAUACCGGGAUAGUCAAACUUAAAAUGCAAGGAGCGUGUAGUGGCUGCCCAAGUUCUUCGGUGACUCUGAAAUCAGGCAUUGAGAAUAUGCUGAUGCAUUAUGUACCUGAGGUCAAAGGCGUGGAACAAGAAAUGGAUGCCGAGGAUGAGGAAGCAGAAUUAAGUGGACAAGUGGAGUAGUUGAUCUUGUAUUUUUCUGUAGUUGCGGUCUGCAUUUAAUCUUAACAUUUCACACUCAACAGAGAAUUCAAUGUACGACAGAAGUACAUGAUGGAGACACAAAUGAGUGUAUACAAAAAAUAAUAGUAUUUAAUAAGUUGUGAGUUGGAUAAAUUGCAGUCUGGCAUGAUAUUGGUGUUCCCAGCUGGUUAGAUCUCAGUGGCAUAGUACCAAGGUAGUUCUUAACACAAUGUCUAUUGCAGAAUGGUGGCAUGCGCCGUUGUUGGCAUUGCAAUGGUUCUUGGUCUUUCGUUCUGAAUCAAGGUUCCUGGAAAAGUACAAGGCAUUAUUUGCCCAUUGAUUCCGUAACACCCAAUAGGUAUUGUCAUGCAAUAAGGAGUCUGGUGCUAUUUUUUUGCUGAGUUUUGACCAAUGCUAAUAUAAAUACUGCUUGCUUCCAACAUUUAUUAUACCUCUCUCACAUGCUUUAUUUAGGCAGGGAAUAUUAUUUUACUGAAUAAUUUGUGUAUCAAACAAUAGUGCAAAACCAUGUUUUCUCAGUUGCACGACAACAACAAUUAUGCUUAGUAAGUUUGGAAGAGUUAUUUAUGCAUAUCUUAUAUCAUGAUUA